UUCAAAUUUAUCCAUGCCUAGUUAGGGUUAAAAAGCAUUUCUUAAGCCAUCUAGAUUCUAAAUAUUGUUGCAUGCCCUUCCUUUCUUUGAGCAAGGCAAUUAAGUCCAUAUACCUGCACAACAGGCUCCAAAAGAUCUGACAGCAGUCUUGUCCUUAAACUAACACUAAAGCUCUCCUCCACAGUCACAAACAGUCACUUUUGUGUAGCUGCUGAAAUUGCUCUUACUCUGAAAGUGCAGUAUCUGUGAGAGGUUAUUUCCACGUGCAUGCUUUGUUGUCAUGGCUUAAAAGUAUUUUCUUCAGUUUCUUGAAAACAGAUUGAGUAGUGAAGACAAAGUCUGAAUUCUCUGGAAUGGCACUCAGGACACCCAGGCGUCUGUAAAGAGCUGAAGGGAUUGGAAAAAAAACUGCUCUAGAAUUUUUAAAGCUGUCUCAAAGGUGAACUUUUACUGUGGGCUGAGACUGUAAGUGGAAGGUCCCACCUUUACUAAUCAAACAACUGCACAUUCCCCACACAUAACUGUGUAAUAAAUGGGUAAUAAGACAGAUAACCUAAUUUGGUCAGUGCCCUCAUUCAGAGCAAAAAUUCAUCUGUCAAAACUAUAAUGCUCUCCUCCUUUGUGCUCUCAUACAAACAUACUGACAGUUCUCAGUUGUUGGUUUACUUCUUAACAAAGAGCCAUUGCUCAUAACAGAUUUGGUACCAGGCGUUAUUUUUGUUUCCAUUAAUUCGCUUCAGCCUGGAGAAACAAUGGAUUUUUUUUGUCUUGAUCUUGAGACAUCGUCAACACUUGUGAAAGCAAUGGCAGUAACUCGGGCAGACAGAAGGCUAAAAACACAGAGAGUGAGUUGAGAUAAAGUAAAGGAGCAUUUUGCUGCGUUAUUCUGCCACCAACUGCCACAAUCAGCCAGCUGCUGUUUGAGCAGGAGAUGGAAGACUCCCCUUAUGGCUCAGCAGAACCCAGACCUCUCCCUCCGCCUAAUGAGGAGAAAAUCAUUUCUUCUGGAGACAGAAACAAAGAUGAAGGGCUCGACUUCAGCGAGUUCUCAAAGUACCUGAAAGAACAUGAGAAGAAAUUACAACUGACCUUCAAGAGCUUGGACAAAAAUAAAGAUGGUCGUAUAGACAUUACGGAGAUAAGGCAGUCACUUGCUGAUCUGGGGCUGGAAAUCAGCAAAGAGCAUGCAGAGAAAAUCCUUCAAAGUAUUGAUGUGGAUGGCACCAUGACUGUGGACUGGAAUGAAUGGCGAGAGCACUUCCUGUUUAACCCAGCCACCAACCUGCAGGAGAUCGUCCGCUACUGGAAGCACAGCACGGUUUUGGACAUUGGUGACAGCCUCACCAUCCCAGAUGAGUUCACAGAGGAAGAGAAGACGACAGGUCUGUGGUGGAAGCAGCUGUCUGCAGGAGCAGUGGCGGGUGCUGUGUCCCGUACAGGAACCGCCCCUCUGGACAGAAUGAAGGUCUUCAUGCAGGUGCACGCUUCUACAACCAACCAAAUCAGCCUGGUCAGCGGCUUCAAGCAAAUGCUAAAAGAAGGAGGGGUGGCUUCUUUGUGGAGAGGAAAUGGUAUCAAUGUCAUGAAGAUCGCCCCCGAGACAGCCAUUAAAUUCAUGGCUUAUGAACAGUAUAAGAAGCUGCUGUCCAGUGAACCGGGUAAGGUGAAGUCCCACGAGAGGUUCAUGGCUGGAUCGUUGGCUGGAGCCACCGCACAAACUGCCAUCUACCCCAUGGAGGUGAUGAAAACCCGUAUGACCCUGAGGAAAACCGGACAGUACUCGGGAAUGUUUGACUGUGCCAAGAAAGUCCUGAAGAAUGAGGGAGUGAAGGCGUUUUACAAGGGCUACAUUCCCAAUAUUCUGGGCAUUAUCCCCUACGCUGGGAUAGAUCUGGCAGUGUAUGAGAGCUUGAAGAACUUCUGGUUGUCCCACUAUGCCAAAGACACAGCCAAUCCAGGGGUUCUGGUGCUGCUGGGCUGUGGUACCAUUUCCAGCACCUGCGGCCAGCUGGCCAGCUAUCCCCUGGCUCUGAUCCGAACCCGCAUGCAAGCACAAGCUUCUGUUGAGGGCUCAGAGCAGCUGCCGAUGAAUCUGAUGGUGAAGAAGAUUAUGAAAAAGGAGGGCUUCUUUGGACUUUACCGCGGCAUCCUGCCCAAUUUCAUGAAGGUCAUACCAGCCGUCAGCAUUAGCUACGUGGUGUACGAGUACAUGCGGUCUGGUCUGGGUAUUCAGAAGUAGGCAGCAGAGUUCUCAGUGACCGCAUGUGUUUACGAGUGCAAGAAAAGGUGCACCCAACUUUUUUUUAAAAUUUCAAAACACUCCCUCCUUUUUUACACAUGUUAUUUGCCCUUGUUUACCUGCAGUCCACUGAGACCGCAGGCCUUUGCUCAUACAAAGAAAAUCCUGCAGCGCUAACGCAGGGCUGACAGUGAGUAGGAAGAUCUCUACAAAGUUUCCAAAUGUUGGUUGUGUUGAUUGUGCACUCCUAGCUUUAUGUACUCCAACAAGCCUCAUGAUCUACUUCAGAUCAGUUCAUCUCUGGCUUUGAAAACCAAGAACACUUAUCAGGGUAAUUUCUUUUUGGUUUAAUUGUUGAAUAGAAACGUUACUCUAAUAUUUAAUCAAAAAGUCCAAGAAGUCACCUGCUGCAAUCUUCUGUUUUUUUGUUUAUCUUCUUAUCAUCAAAAAUAAUUUGACCAAGUCCCACGUGUGGUGGGAAAACUGUUUCACAAAGAAAUCCAAAGAAACUAAAACAAACAAACAAGUGCAAUACUGUAUUUACACAUUGUGUGACAUCUGAGAGAGGUUUGACUUUUUAAUAAGGGAUUUCAUCUGAGGGUCAUUGGUUCAUUUAAAGGGUCUUUUUAUACGGGACAGAAGUAGAAUUGUGCCUUAUAUGUUUUUUUUAUUCUCAGAUAUCUGUGGACUUCAACACCCCUGUUUUCUCUUGCCUUUCUUUCAAAUAUGUCUUUAUUAGGCGCUGGUGUUUAUGUGAAUAAAUCUGGAUACAAAUGUUA